UUAUCGAAUUGGAAUCGAAAUUUUUUCCACUAAUCUGAGCCACUUUUCACAUCAUUAUCAAUCAUCGAGUCUCUUUGUUGAAUAUUCAAGUGAUUAACUAGUUGAUUUAACGAUUGUUUCAAAUUCACUUGAAAAAAAGUGAUAAUCAAUCAUCAUUAUGGAUGAUCGUGAGAAAAGAAAGGCCGAAGUUCGAGCUCGGCUCGAACAAGCAGCCGCUGCGACCAAGAAAAAGAAAGGGUUUAUGACCCCGGCUCGUAAGAAGAGACUUCGAGCUUUGUUGAGGAAAAAAGCGGCUGAGGAGCUGAAACGGGAACAGGAAAGAAGAGCCGAGGAGAGACGCCGAGCCAUCAGAUCGCGAUGUGGUGAACCUCACGAUCUAGAGGAAGCUAAUGAAGCUGAAUUAACACAAAUCGUUAAAGAAUAUUAUAAACACGUUGCUAAACUCGAAGACGAAAAAUAUGAUCUCGAAUACGAUGUUAAUAAGAAAGAGUUCGAGAUUCGUGAGCUCGCUGCUAAAGUAAAUGAUAUUCAAGGACGAUUUAUUAAACCACCACUAAAGAAAGUGUCCAAAACGGCUCAACAGAUGGAAAAGAUUCGGAUGUUCACUGCUAAAGUAUCGCAAAUGGACUAUCGUUCGGGACUGAAACAGGUCAAAAAGUACGAUUUCGAUGAUAAGGCCGCAAAGAAAGAGGACUUAUCUAAAGAACCCGCUUCUAGAGAAAAGUCUGAAGCUUAAUUGUCAUAAUUAAUCAACUCGAGAAAAAGAUAAAAAGGUAAACAUGAUUUAAACGAAAAAGGAUAAGAUGUUAAUCAUGAUCAUCUAUUUAAUUGUAAUUAUCUUUUCUUCCGGGAGGAAAAACAAAGAUGACAAAUUAAAAAGUUAAUCAACCAAUUGUAUUAAUUGUUCAACUCUCUCUCUGCAUUAAUAUAUAAAUAAAAAUAACUAAACUGUUGUCAGAA